ACAGCCAUGGACGGCGGCGACGCGGGCAAGACGAGGACGAUGAAGAAGACGGUGUGCGUGACGGGCGCCGGCGGCUUCGUCGCCUCGUGGCUCGUGCAGCGCCUCCUCUCCAGAGGCGACUACCUCGUGCGUGGCACUGUUCGCGAUCCGAGUGAUCCCAAGAACGCGCACCUGAUGGCGCUGGACGGCGCCGGGGAGCGCCUGCGGCUGUUCAAGGCUGACUUGUUGGACCGUGCCAGCGUCGCCGCCGCCGUUGCUGGCUGCGACGGCGUCUUCCACGUCGCCAGCCCCGUCCCGGCCGUCGAGCCCACCAACCCCGAUGUGGAGAUCAUGGCUCCGGCGGUGACCGGCACGCAGAACAUGCUGGAGGCUAGCCACGCGGCCAACGUCCGCCGCGUCGUGGUGGUGUCGUCGGUCGCCGCGGUGAUCGCGAACCCCACCAGCAUCCCCGAUGACGCCGUCGCCGACGAAGACUGCUGGUCGGACGAGGACUACUGCAGAGCCACUAAGAACUGGUACUGCCUUUCCAAGACGGUGGCCGAACGCGAGGCACUGGCAUACGGCGAGAGGACUGGGAUGGACGUGGUCACCGUCUGUCCGCCGUGGGUUCUGGGUCCGCUGCUGCAGCCGACGGUGAACGCCACCAGCAUGGGUUUCGUGAAAUACCUGAAAGGAGAAAACACCGAUGAGAAGAGGAGGAACAUGGUGGACGUGCGCGACGUCGCAGACGCUCUGGUCCUGACGUACGAGACGCCGGAGGCGGCUGGCCGGCGAUACAUCUGUAGCGCACACGCCAUGAAGGUGUCUGAAAUAAUCAGCCUCGUCAGCAGCCUGUACCCAGACCUGAAGCUGCACUACCCCAGGGAGUUUGUUCAGAAGGAAGACGAGAAGGGAGUGAGCUCCAAGAGGCUGCAGGCGCUGGGGUGGAAAUUCAGGACGGUGGAGGAAACUCUGAGAGACACCAUCGACUCGUACAAGGCUGCUGGAAUCCUCAACUGAUGAUGAGUAAAAUGGCGUCAUGGAGAUUGGACUGGACUGUAAUAACAAAUUGGACUGACGGGGAAAUAAAGUGGUGACCAUGCAAGGCAAUAACAAUUAA